GUCGACCUUUGUUCCCGCUCUUCCAUGCUUCGUUCGCGCUGACCAAUGAAAAUCGACUACGCGCUUCGGACGCCCCCCGCCAGAGCCUUGUCGCGCUGUAACCUCAGUUUGCGUCAUCGGGCCCUUUAUUUUUGUCCUUUUAACGACCGUUUCGAACUUCGGUGGCUCCACGCUCCUCGGGAAUAAAAUUUCCGUGACUCUGAACUUUUGAUUCAUUGACAUUUCGUAUUUUUACAUGAGCCUAAUCCGUGAUCGAAAAAACCCGAAGAUUUUUAAUACCGUGUGAAAAAUGGUGGCGUCAAACGAAUCGAUAAAAUCGAACGGUUAAAUCUCGACGAGUUUCUCUCGCUCGUGAUCGUGUUCCGAAUUAUUUAGCGGUUUUCUCGCUCGCAGCGUUCUUGCACGAUGUUACCGUUAGUCCUCGGUAAAAGAGAGAGGAAAAAGGUGCGAGAAUAUUAUAAAAGGUAGUGGAUCGAGGAGGAGCAAUGUCAGUUGGUCAGGAUGAGUUCGUCCGCUUGCUCGCGGGCCCGAGGAGGCCGAGUCUUCGAGUCAAAAUUCCCCGUCGGAUUUCUCGUUUUUGCCAUUUUCCUCGUCAAUUUAGGGAGCGCCGAGUGUCGCGAGAUCGGGGUGAAAAGUAGCAUCCUGGCGUUGCCGAUCGACGACGGCGACGAGCCCGCCGACACCGUCGUCGUCAAGGCGGUCGAAAUCCCCGAGGAAAAAGUCUCCUACGAAGGCGCCCAGCUCUGGAGAGUCGUCCCGGACCCGGACCACGUUGAGUUCGUCUCAUUUCUCCAGGAAACCGGAGAAAUUUCGAUGUGGUCGGGAAACGACGCCGCGGUCGACGUUCUCGUUCUUCCCGAACGCAUCCCCCGCGUCUCUCGCUUCCUCCGAGAACGACGCGUCAAGUACGACGUCGUCAUACCCGAUCUCCAGCAGGCCAUUGACCAGGAAAAUCCCUUGCCAUCUCCCGAGCUCAUGGAAGAACUCGAAGGACGAAAAGCUCGUUACGCUUGGUGGCAGGGAGUCGUGAUAAAGCCGGAUCGUAAGAGAUUUCACCGGCUCCGAAGCCGGCUGCGUCCUGCUCGUUAUCCCGUAGCUAGUGGUGGAAGUGAAACUUGGCGGUUUAGGGGUCAUCGGAUGGAGUGGUCGAGCUACCAUCGGCUGGAAGACAUUCACGGUUAUCUCGACUAUCUCGAGCAAACUUUUCCCGAUCUUUGCUCGGUGGUCUCGAUCGGAAAAUCCUUCGAAGGACGUCCCUUGAAGGUGCUUCGAAUAAGCAAAGGGGAACCGGGCGUACCGGCAAUUUGGAUAGACGGUGGUAUUCACGCUCGUGAAUGGAUCUCGCCGGCUGCGGUCACGUACAUCAUCAAUCACUUGGUCGAAAACAGCGAGCAACUAGAGGCGGAUUAUUACAUCCUACCAGUGGUGAAUCCUGACGGAUACGAGUACACUUUCCGAGGCGAUCGCUUGUGGAGGAAGAAUCGCAGCAGUCCGGAGAACGGGGGGGUUUGUAUAGGCGUCGAUUUGAAUAGAAACUUUGGUUACUGCUGGGGAGGGCUUGGAACGAGCAACCGAACUUGCCGGGAGAUCUACGCCGGCACCGGGCCAUUUUCCGAGCCGGAGACAAACGCCAUUAAAAACUUUUUCGAGGCUAGCGCCGCGGAUUUUAAGGCCUUCCUCUCCUUCCACAGCUACGGACAAUUCAUUCUUUAUCCUUGGGGAUACAACAGACGCGUACCCGCCGAUUACGCUGACCUCGAAAAAGUGGGUCAGCAGGCCGCUGCCGCUAUGAAGAUCGCCGGUGGCGCCUCCAGUGUCUAUACUGUCGGUAACAGCGCCAACACCCUCUAUCCAGCUGCCGGCGGCUCCGACGAUUGGGCCAAGGCGCGACUCAAGAUCAAGUAUUCUUACACCAUCGAACUCAGGGACAGGGGCAAACAUGGCUUCAUCUUACCCGCUCAGUACAUCGUUCCCACCGCCAAGGAAGCACUCGCCGCUGUCGAAGUCUUCACGAGAGCUUCCAAACGCCUCAUGUAACCUUAUUCGUCGUUAUUUUUGUUUCGUUUUCCAUUGUUUAUGUAUUUACACAACGCUUCCAUGAACGCCAUCUUCCCUUCUAGUUGUAUUAUUUAUUCGCAAUGUAAUAUGUCUCUUAUUUUUUUACCGAAUUCAAUAAAAUGAAGUUUUUUAUGCUGGAAACCGAA